AUGGAAGUGCAGUAUCCUUUCGAAUACCUCCACCUGGAAAUGGUAUCUUCCCUCUGCCAAAUGACGUCUGAGUCCACCACCGACUCUGCAAUUAAGGUCGGCGCCCUGACCAAACUCGAAAGGAUCGGAUACCGCGUCGGAAUGGCGUUGUGCGAAAGUUUGUUGCGGGAGCAUCAACGUCUUAUGAGCGAGGUAGAAGUUAUGAAAUUCAUCUGCAAGGAGUUCUGGGAGACGAUCUUCCUUAAGCAGGUUGACAGUCUGAAAACCGAUCACCAGGGCACGUAUAUAAUCAGUGAUACAAGAUUUUGGCUCGUGUCAUCUCUGUCAAACACGGAACAAUACCGCGAGGAGUCUCCUUAUUACUUGGCCUUCUCUUGCGGCCUCAUUCGCGGUGCCUUGAAGACCCUAAACUUUGUCGCCGUUGCAACUGCGGAGGUAUGCAUCAUGCCGUCGGUGAAGUUCAGCGUCACUCUGCAUUCCUCACCAUCAUUUUCUAAAUGA